AUGGCAGAAACUACCGCGCCUACCACGCGUGUGGCAGAACUGGAGAUCCACGCCACAACGGAGAAACAACAUUCCACCCAGGCUUUGCCCCUCCACAGUGUCGAAUCCGGGGAGGUUGUCCACUUGGUGAAGCCCCAGAAGAAGCCAUUCACCACUUUGUCCGCCAUGUCGAUGGGAUACUCGAUCACCAACACGGGCUUGGGCAUGGUGCUUAUAGUCAGCAACGCCGUCUUCGGAGCUGGUCCGUUGUUCAUCUAUGGAAUCUGCUUCAUAUUUUGUAUCUCAUUAUGUGUCGCCAUCACCCUUGGCGAGUUGGCCUCGGCCUACCCUCAUGCCGGCGGGCAGUACUUCUGGACGGCCCAGCUGGCACCAGAGCGAUCCCGCCGCUUCCUGUCUUAUAUGACGGCAAUCAUCUCUUGGGCCUCAGUCAUCUGUAUCGGCGCGUCGGGCGCCGCCGGAGCGACAAACACGACCUUCGCCCUCGUCUCCUUGACAAAGCCUGAUUUUGUGUACAAGCAAUGGAUGGGAUUUUUGACCUUUCAAUGCUACACCUGGACUGCCGCAAUCAUGGUGGUGUGUGAGCGCGCGCUGCCAGCAAUGUCAAAGACCUUUAUGUAUUUCUCGGUGGUCACGAUGAUAACAAUAGUCGUCUGCCUGUUGGCCCCGAAUACGGAGAAGCAGUCUGCAGCAGUGGUGUUUGGCGCAGACGGAUACUUCAAUCUAUCAGGCUGGCCCGACGGUCUCGCCUGUCUCAUCGGAAUCAGUGGCAUAAACUGGGGCUUCUCGUGUCUCGAUGCAGCCACCCAUCUGGCCGAAGAGAUACCGGAGCCACGGAAAAACGUACCGAAAGCACUCCUUUACACCAUUGUCAUCGGACUAUGCAGCGGCCUCGCGAUCAAUCUGGCUAUAUUCUUCGCCGCGACCGACCUCUCUAAAACGACGUCGAUACUGGAGUUGCUCUACACAGUGUAUAAUGGUAAUCCUAUAUGUGCGUACGUGAUAGGCGCCAUGAUCUUGGUCCUCUCAUGGGGAGCAGUCAUUGGUGUCCACACGUGGCAUUCGCGCAUAGCUUGGUCUCUGAGCCGUGACAAAGGCUUUCCCUUCCACUCCCAUCUACAGAAACUGGCGCCGGCCCCCUUCCACACCCCUUUGUGGGCCAUUCUCUGGGGCGUGUGUUGGAUAACACUGUGUGGAUUCCUAUAUCUCGGCUCUUUGACUGCAUUCAAUGCCUUCAUCUCGUCCGGCAUCGUCCUUCAGAACAUGACAUACUCCUUGCCCGCCGUCCUCUUGCUCAUCAAAGGCCGAAAGAAUCUUCCUCACGGACCAUUCUGGUGGCCCAGAUUCGGCCCUAUAGCCAACAUCGUGCUCAUCACAUGGACGCUUCUAACCACCGUCAUUUACAGUUUCCCCUAUUUUCUGCCUGUGCAGGCCAACAACAUGAACUAUCUGUCGGUCGUGGUGAUUGUGGCGUUCGCUUACGCUGGGUUCUACUGGGUACUUUAUGGUCAUAAACAUUAUUCUCUUGUGGACCUUUUCGUUCAGGAAUAG